AUGGCCACCGCCGAGUACAAGAUCGUUGUUCUGAACAAGUCCACGGGCUCCCAAAACUACCUCUUCUUCAACCAAAAGCCAGAGGAGUCUCCUUCUGUUGGCAAGAUAUACAACAACGUCUGGAUCAGAUCGCCUGGCGUCGGUACCCCGAAUGGCAGAGCCACAUUUGACGUCAAGGUUGCCAACUUCGCCAUUUGCGGGACCACCCCGGUGCCGGUCGAUUAUGGCGUCGUGGUCUCGACGAGCGACUCUGCCGCCGUUCAGCUGAAGAGCAACACACAGCCGGGUACCGUGCCAGUCAUGGAGAUUGUCAGCGACGGCCCCCAGUAUGUUCCGCCCUACGGCACAACGGACAAGGAUAAUUCCUUUGGCAUCCAGACCAAGCCCUUCGACCCCGACCGGUACAAAACGGUGUACUGCGGCUACGGCAAAUUCAAUGAUCGGGGAGAAGUCGUCCCCGUCGCCGUUUGGCGAGCCUUGCCCAACGAAACGUACCAGCUGACUCCCAAAGUCACCUACUACGUGGGAACGGGAAGCUACGCGGCAGGAACUGCCGUCGACAUUACUCAAAUCGGCGCCCUCGCGGAGAUUGACUUCACCAACGCCUUGCCGGGCCAAGUCAUCGCAACCGUCACCCAUAACAGGGAUGGAACGUAUUCGGCCCCGGAGUUUAGCUAUCCAGGCAAUAAGAAGCCGCGUGCGGCAUAA